AUGUCGACGGGCGUUGCUGUAAAGCCAAGAGGACGAGUGAUCCUCCUUGUGGCUCUUCUCCUUUCUGCAUCUGGCGUUUUUUUCCUGGCAACGGAUGCGGCCACUGGUGGCGAUAGGCAGGCUCAGAGAGGCCGUCAAGGGGCAGUUGCAGGAGCGGCGGGGGAGGCUCCUGACUUGUUUUUGAAAGCCAACGCCGUGAAGCACGCCAAAGCUGAACCUGCAAAAGGGGCUCAAGAAGCACCAGUUGCUGACGAGGCGGCAGCUGGGGAGCAGGCAGCAGAUCUCGAGUCGGACGAUGCACCAGCUCAGUCCUCAGCUACGCUGCCGCGUGACAAGAAGACUGUCUCAAAACGUCAAGGCUUUGCAGGCUUGUGGACGCGGGUUCCACGCUGGGCUAAGGUGCUCGCUAACGGCCUCGCUCUUGCACUGUUGGUAAGCCUUGCCGUGAAAGGUAAACAAGUCAAGAAAGGCUGUGAAACGUGCAUGCGCAAGCAGAGAAAUUAA